AUGGCGUCUCCACCACUCAACACCGCUGUUCCCCGCAGCGACUCGCCAACAAGAUCCCCGCGAUCAGCUUCGAUAUCGUUGCAGGCAGCUGCGACCAUGAAUGCUGGACUUCAACACGAAUCUCCACGAAGAUCGUCAAGUAGCUCCAUCUCUCGCAACCAACACUCCCCAAAUACCGGUCGACGACGUUCCACCGUGCUCAUGAACCUCCAGCUUAACGACCCUUCUGUGCCCUCGCCAGGCGAGAUGGUCAACGAACCGUCUGGCCUACGCACUGCGAGCCCGCAGCCUCUCUCUGGAUCUCCCUUCACUGGUGAUCCCCAUCAUCAUCGAGCACCCAGCCUGGGUGAGCUGCAUCAAGAGCUUGAGGCAGAGCAAGAAGCUCACGUGAACCGCCUCUUGCAGAUGAUCCGACAGCAGCAGCUCGAACUUCAGCGCCUUCAAGCUGCCAACUCCCACAACCAGAACCAGAGCUCAGCUGUAGAGGAUAGCUCUGCCAUUUCCGAGCGGUCAGGUCACGGAACCCCCCAUGCCUCCAGCCCUCAUGUCUCUAUCCCUCCUGUACCAACCGGCGGGUCUGGUUCUCGCUCCAAUAGCUAUCGUCAUCCCCGAAGCUCGUUCGAUCUAGCCCGCGCCGACCUCCAACGACGAUCUCGAACGCCCAGUCGUAGUGGUGCCUCCCCACGACUUCGCGCAACGUCCAUAGGUGGAAAUAGCGAGGAUUGGGUUCUGGGUGGUCGUGAUGAAAGCGCAUUUUAUCAGGCUGAGACACAGAUGCUGGUUCGUGAGAACCAGAUGCUUCGUCACCGAGUACGAGAGCUAGAGAAACAACUAACAGACAUCGGGACUGGUCCGUCGGCUCCUCAUGAGCCACCUCACCCCUCAAACCUGACAAGAUCCUCUUCUACAACUGUAGAUAAGGAGGAGGACAAGCCCAUUGCUGAGGAAGCCAAGCCUUGA